CUGGAGCUGGGGAACCACAGGCCUUGAGUGAUUGGCGCCCUGGCCUAGCCCCCGCCCUCAUCCUGUACAUCCGCCUUGGGCCUGGCCACCUCCGCGGCAGCCCUGCCACUGUCUGCCCCUGCCAUGGUGCCUUGGCCCUGUGGGGCGGAUGGAGCAGGAUCCCAAGCCGCCCCGGCUGCGGCUCUGGGCCCUGCUCCCUUGGCUGCUCAGAAAGCAGCGGCCCAGGAUCAGCCAGACCUCUCUGCCUGCCCCUGCCCCUGCCCCUGGCUCUGGCCCCAGGCUGGACUUGGAUGAGGGUAUCCUCAAGGAGAUCUCCAUCACGCACCACGUCAAGGCUGGCUCCGAGAAGGCCGACCCGUCCCAAUUUGAGCUCCUCAAGGUUCUGGGCCAGGGAUCUUUUGGCAAAGUCUUCUUGGUACGGAAGGUCACCCGGCCUGACAGUGGGCAUCUGUAUGCCAUGAAGGUACUAAAGAAGGCAACACUGAAAGUGCGGGACCGUGUUCGGACCAAGAUGGAGAGAGACAUCCUCGCUGAUGUGAACCAUCCAUUUGUGGUGAAGCUGCACUAUGCCUUCCAGACAGAAGGCAAGCUCUAUCUUAUUCUGGACUUCCUGCGUGGCGGGGACCUCUUCACACGGCUCUCUAAAGAGGUUAUGUUCACAGAGGAGGAUGUAAAGUUUUACCUGGCCGAGCUGGCUUUGGGCCUGGAUCACCUGCACAGCCUGGGCAUCAUUUACAGAGACCUCAAGCCUGAGAACAUCCUUCUGGAUGAGGAGGGUCACAUCAAGCUCACUGAUUUCGGAUUGAGCAAGGAGGCCAUUGACCAUGAAAAGAAAGCGUAUUCUUUCUGUGGUACAGUGGAGUACAUGGCCCCAGAGGUUGUCAACCGUCAAGGUCACACACACAGUGCAGACUGGUGGUCCUAUGGGGUAUUGAUGUUUGAGAUGCUGACAGGCUCCCUGCCCUUCCAGGGGAAGGACCGGAAGGAGACUAUGACACUGAUUCUAAAGGCGAAGCUAGGCAUGCCCCAGUUUCUGAGCACAGAAGCCCAGAGCCUCCUGCGGGCCUUGUUCAAGCGGAAUCCUGCCAACCGGCUUGGCUCCGGCCCUGACGGGGCAGAGGAAAUCAAACGGCAUGUCUUCUACUCUACUAUUGACUGGAAUAAGCUGUACCGUCGUGAGAUCAAGCCACCCUUUAAGCCAGCUGUGGCUCAGCCUGAUGACACCUUCUACUUUGACACUGAGUUCACAUCCCGAACACCCAAGGAUUCCCCAGGCAUCCCCCCUAGUGCUGGUGCCCAUCAGCUGUUCCGCGGCUUCAGCUUUGUGGCUACUGGCCUGAUGGAGGACGACGGCAAGGCCCGGGCCACACAGGCACCACUGCACUCAGUGGUACAGCAACUCCAUGGAAAGAACCUGGUUUUCAGUGACGGCUACAUGGUGAAGGAGACAAUUGGUGUGGGUUCCUACUCUGUGUGUAAGCGCUGUGUCCACAAGGCCACCAACAUGGAGUAUGCUGUCAAGGUCAUUGACAAGAGCAAGCGGGACCCCUCAGAAGAGAUUGAGAUUCUUCUUCGGUAUGGACAGCACCCCAACAUCAUCACUUUGAAAGAUGUAUACGACGAUGGCAAACACGUGUACCUAGUGACAGAGCUCAUGCGGGGUGGAGAGCUGCUGGACAAAAUUCUUCGGCAGAAGUUCUUCUCAGAGCGGGAAGCCAGCUUUGUCCUGCACACCAUCAGCAAGACAGUAGAGUAUCUGCACUCCCAGGGGGUUGUGCACAGAGACCUCAAGCCCAGUAAUAUUCUGUACGUGGAUGAAUCCGGGAACCCCGAGUGCUUACGCAUCUGUGACUUUGGUUUUGCCAAGCAGCUGCGGGCUGAGAAUGGGCUCCUCAUGACCCCUUGCUACACCGCCAACUUUGUGGCCCCUGAGGUGCUAAAGCGCCAGGGUUACGAUGAAGGCUGUGACAUCUGGAGCCUGGGCAUCCUGCUCUACACCAUGCUGGCAGGAUACACUCCGUUUGCCAACGGCCCCAGUGACACGCCAGAGGAGAUCCUGACCAGGAUCGGCAGUGGGAAGUUCACCCUCAGCGGGGGAAACUGGAACACAGUUUCAGAGAUGGCCAAGGACCUGGUGUCCAAGAUGCUACAUGUGGACCCUCACCAGCGCCUCACAGCUAAGCAGGUCCUGCAGCACCCGUGGAUCACCCAGAAAGAUAAGCUCCCCCAAAGCCAGCUAUCCCACCAGGAUCUACAACUUGUGAAGGGAGCCAUGGCGGCUACAUACUCUGCCCUCAACAGCUCCAAGCCCACCCCUCAGCUGAAGCCCAUUGAGUCGUCUAUCCUGGCCCAGCGGCGGGUGAGGAAGCUGCCAUCUACCACCUUGUGAGGGCCCAGGGUGCUCAGGCUGCAGGGCAGUGCUGGCAUACUUCCCAGAGAAAGCAGGCCUGAGUCACAGGGCCAGAGGGAUCUGGAGCCCCAAGGUGCCCCAGACGUAGUCAGCCCAGAGCACCCCCAGCACGGGUGUGAGAAGUGCCUUCUUCCUCAAGAUGGACUCUUCUCAGCUCAGGCUCUGCGGGUUGAACUCAAUUCAACAGACUUGUUUUGAAGGGGAAAAAUGUCACCAACCACCAUGGAUACAAGAUCCAUUUGCCUUUUUGGGAGCAGAAAUAGCCAGUGUAACCCCAGGAGGGGCACUGAGCCACACAAGAGUGCUCUGUGGCUGAGACUCCCUAGAGUAGCUUUGUGGUCCUCCCCUGGGGACCCCCAUGACUGGCCACCUAUCGCCAUCUGCACACCUCCAAGGACUGACAGCGCCACCUCUCAGUGCUCUUGGCUGCCGCUGCUCAGCAGAACUUGCUCUACCCAGUCAUCUCCUUUUCUGCUCUGUUCUGCUGCGGGGGGGGGGGGGGGGGGAAGGGGAAUCUGGAACCACUCCCUGCUGGGGGCGCCAAGGCUCUGCAGCCCCCAGCUCUAGGCACCAGCAUCCACACCAGCCCUCAAGGGUCCCCUGCAGUCAGGCAGCAGAGCAGGACCCAGAAUGCACUUUCUGGCAGACUUCUGAAGUGGUCCACCUUGGGACAGAGUUCACUCAGGGUGGGCCAGGAGGGGCAGGGGCUUUUUUUUUUUUUUUUUCAUUGAUUUUCCUCAGCUGGUAACUCAGGGUUCAUCUGUCCAUGGCCUUUCUAAUAAUAAACUUACAGUUGAGUUGAAACGCA